GUUCAGCCCUGGCGGAGACAUAGACUGGUCUUGGAAGAACGGUGACAGGAUGUACAGCUGGACCUUGAUCUUGUGGGGAGGACUGGGAAAAAAGGUAUUUUCUAAACAUCUCCACUUCCAAUGGUCUGGGGAAGAAAUUUUCUAUAGACUCUUCUAGCCUCUGUUGGGCAGUCCCAAAGCCCAGGAGGAAGCAGGUGCCUGCCAGUCAAUCUCUGACUGCCUCUUGGGCAACAGCAUCGGGCAACAGGAAGUCCCUGGCCAGCCUCCGAGAAGAGCCCAGCAAGUUUGGCUGUGAAGAUGGAAUUGGAUGGGAGCUCCUCAACUCCCCAAGAAGCCGUUGCCCCUCUUGGGGUACUAGGUGCUGGACCCAGAAGCUCCCCACUGGGGAAGCUUCAAACACUUCCCAUUGGGCCAGGUGCCCACCGAGGGGCUCCUGGCAGCCCAGCUUCAGCAGGGGACAGCUACUUGGGGGAGCCAAGUGGUGCCAUGAAGAUCCCCAACAGGGACAGUGGGAUUGACAGUCCAUCCUCCAGCGUGGCCAGCGAGAACUUCCCCUGUGAAGAGGGCAGUGAGGGCUCCCCAGGCCCUGCCAUACUGAGGCUACACCCUGAGACAGUUGUGGACAGCCAAGUCCCACAAGAUACCACUGCCCAGGAGGAGGAAGACAGUGGCGUGGGUGAGGACCCUGACCCUAAGAUCGCCCCUUCUGGGCCAGAGGAGCAUGUUGGCUUGACUCAGUGCUCUGACCCACAGAAGCUGCUGCACAUUGCCCAGGAGCUCCUGCACACGGAGGAAGCCUAUGUGAGGCGGCUGCACUUGCUGGACCAGGUUUUCUGCACCAAGCUGACAGAAGCAGGGAUCCCUCCAGAAGUCACCAAUGGCAUUUUCUCCAACAUCUCCUCCAUCUACCGCUUCCAUGGGCAGUUCCUCCUGCCUGAGUUGCAGAAGAGGAUCACAGAGGAAUGGGACACAAACCCUCGACUGGGAGACAUCCUGCAGAAACUGGCCCCGUUCCUGAAGAUGUAUGGCGAGUAUGUCAAGAACUUUGACAGGGCAAUGGGGCUGGUGAGCACAUGGACCCAGCGUUCGCCACAGUUUAGUGAUGUCAUCCACAGCAUCCAGAAGCAGGAGGUGUGUGGGAACUUGACACUGCAGCAUCACAUGCUGGAGCCUGUGCAGAGGGUCCCCCGCUAUGAGCUGCUGCUCAAAGACUACCUGAAGAGGCUCCCCAGGGAUGCUCCAGACCGGAAGGAUGCUGAGAGGUCGCUGGAGCUCAUCUCCACAGCUGCUGACCACUCCAAUGCUGCCAUCAGAAAGAUGGAGAAAAUGCACAAGCUCCUGGAGGUGUACGAGCAGCUGGGUGGGGAAGAAGACAUCGUCAACCCAGCCAAUGAGCUGAUCAAGGAGGGAAACAUCCAGAAACUGUCGGCCAAGAACGGCACCGCGCAGGACCGACACCUCUUCUUGUUCAACAAUGUGAUGCUCUACUGUGUACCCAAACUAAGGCUCAUGGGCCAGAAGUUCAGUGUACGGGAGAAAAUGGACAUCUCUGAUCUCCAGGUGCAAGAUAUUGCAAAACCAAAUGCAGCACGCACAUUCAUCAUAACAGGAAGGAAAAGGUCCCUGGAGCUUCAGACUCGGACAGAAGAGGAGAAGAAAGAAUGGAUUCAGGUUAUUCAGGCCACCGUGGAGAAGCAUAAACAGAAGAGCGAGACCUUCAGGGCCUUCAGCAGUGCCUGUAGCCAGGAUGAAGAGCCCAGCCUGUCUCCAGACCAGCCUAUCACGAGUGCCAGCUCCGUGGAAACUGCAGGGGUAGCCGACAGUAAUGGGGGUCCUGCAGGGAUUGAGUCCAGAAAGUUGUCUUCUAAAACGAGACGUGACAAAGAGAAGCCUGGAUGCAAGAGCUGUGGUGAGACCUUCAACUCCAUCACCAAGCGGAGGCAUCGCUGCAAGCUGUGUGGAGAGGUCAUCUGUCGAAAGUGCUCAGAGUUCAAGGCUGAGAACAGUAAGCAGAACCGUGUCUGCCGAGACUGUUUUCUAGAAGAGCCCUUGGUCCCUGCGAACCCUAGUUCUGAGACUCCCACUGAGCUCAAGGAGAGUGCAGAGAAGCCUCCAUCUGUGCAUCCUCGGCUCUGCAGCACCCUGCGUCUGUCUGACAACGGUACAGCCUGGAGUGACGUGUGGGCAGACAUCCGUGAGUCAGAUCCCCAGGUGCUGGACCUGCUGGAAGGUAGCCAGGCGGGCAGACUGCUGCAUUCCAUCUCUCUCUCUGGCUGUACUAUAACAGUGCCAGACCCUGAGGAGGGGCUGGAGACAGGAUGUGUGUGGAAGCUACAUCAGGGCCCACAGACCUGGUGGCUGAGCGCCCCCUCCACAAAGCUGCGGCAGUGUUGGCUGGAAGCUCUGGGCACUGCUGCCUGUGGGGACACAACUGGGGACAGACCUGGUGCAGCGCAGCCCCAAGCCGCAGCAAGCACCGACACUCCAUGAGCAGAGCCUCCUGCUGGCCUUUCCACUAUUCUGUUAGCCUGUGUUCUUUUUGAGUGACCGUAGAUGUCACAUGAAGCAGUGAAGAACUCCUGGAACCACUGAGGAUGAACUGAUGGCCCAGAGAAGUGGGCCCAAGAUCACUCAACAGGUCUUAGACAAGCGUUGGGCUUCUGGCUCCAGCACCAGCAUUGUGGUCAGAGCAAGGGAGAACGGCCACUACCAACUAUCAAAUGUCAUCUGAGUGGGCUGGAUGAUAAUACCAGCCCUCAAAGGCUCAAGGAGGUCAGGUGGGCACUGCCCAGAGGUGAUCGUGUCUAACCUGGUGUGAUGUCACUCUGGGAAAGGCAAAGAUGUCUGUAGCCUGGCCUGACCUUUGUCCAUCUGUCCACUGUGUGAACUGGACCAUGACCUGGGCUCCACUCCUCUGGGCGCCACUUCCACACCCCGUCCUCUCCUGAAGCAUUGCUCAUCUACUGUUUCUGCCGAGCCCUUGAAGGGGAAGGAGCAAGGGCCAUCUCAUCCUACCAUUCCCAAACAGCCACACUCAGAGACUGUGGGGAGGCAGGCCCUCACCCCUGUGUGGCAGGUUUAUGGGAUUUCAGACUGGUCUCUCUGUGGGCUGUCAGUAUAUUUAAAUGCUGGCUGUCAGCAAAUGACCUUCAGUAUAAAUAAAUACUGGCCGUCA